AGAAACUCUCAUCUUUUUUGCUCUUAGAAAACAAAAAAACUAAUUUUCUCACUCACAUACUAAAUAAAUCACCAAAACCGUCAGAUUUCACCUCUCAUCCAUGUCGACUACAUCGAGGAAAACCUCCGCCAUCAACGGCGGUAAUCAGCGGCAGCCCAGUCGACUUCAACGGCGUGCACCGGCUUCCUUACAGAUUAGUCCAGUUUCUAGCUGGAACGUUGCGAUCCCUCUCUUAUCACCUCUAGUUCCUUCGCCUCCCUCGAUCGAUCGGAGGAUAGCUGAGAAACGGGAAGAUCCAUCGCGUCAAGAGCAGCUGCGACAAAGCCAGACUAAGGAGCCUGAAAAGCUUGAUCCUAAAAUGUGGAAGCAUCCGGCGGCUCCGUUUUGUUAUGAGCCGGCGUCGUUAGUUCCGCCGUUUGUGCCGGUUUAGAUGUAAAAGAAAAAAAAGUAGUUAGAUCUAACGGGGUGCGUUGAGCUAUUUCUGUUCAACGUACACGUCACUACUUUUCUGUGAAAUUACAACAAUGUCCAUCAAUAUGUUCAUAAUUUAUUAGUACUUCUAACAAUAGAACUGAUUUGGGAUACAGAUUUUACA